GGCACCAAUAACAUGGGCUAAAUUACCAGCACCUAUUUGUUGCGUCCCCUGCCAGAGCCUGAACUCCCCUGUUUACGGCCAUGACCUAACAUCCCAUUCUCCCCCAGCCAUGAUCCCAAAUCCGGCACUUUGAAAACCCUCAACCCGCUUUUCUCACGAGACUGUGGGGUUUCACCCGUGGAUUGGAUGGGGAUGACAAAGAGGAACAUCUUUUCCUGAGUGGGAUUUAAGAUCAACUGGGUGAAACCGUCCAAAUAAGAUUACACAAGCAAAAUCAAAGGACAUUCGGCUGAAGUACCACCAUGGCUCAGGCAACCAAAGGUCCCGCAGUGAAGCCCAUUUCUCCCACCGGUGUAGAUGCCCCGGCUAGGGUAGCGCACCCAGACUCACUUACAGUCCGGAGCCAUGGAAUUUUACAAAUCAUGAAUCGCCCGGCACAAUGGGUGGUCAUCAUCACACUUCUGAUCUCUUGGUCAAUAGCGGGUGUUGUCAUGUUUGACUUUGUCAGUGACGAUCAGAUUGCAAGCAUCCAAGAUUUCGGCUCUGAUCCAGUGCUAGCAGUGAACAAAGCCACUGAAGUCAUUGAAAACAGGAUAAAUCACAUGAAUGAUAUGUUUAAUGAUGCUCAAGAGUACAUCACUGAAAUAAUAUUAAAUCCAGUGGAAGCUAUGAGUUCAGCUGCUGACUCAUCUGUGUAUUAUCUGUCAGGAUUUUUUAGUGCCGAUGAUUUAGGAAUCACUGAAACAGUGAAAUAUGGGGGCACUGUAUUGGAUGAGGCUACAGAAUGGAUCAGAUCGCCAGUGAGCUAUGUAUUCCAUUUAUUUGAAGACAUACUGGAUAUAGUGGUUGCUCCAGUGGAUAUGGUCAGUGAAGCUCUUGUGCAAAUUUUAAGUGGGAUCAAGACUGUUAUACAGUAUAUUUCCACAAUGUUUGGAGGCAUUGAAGAGCACACAGGCAUCACUGAAACAGUGAAACUUGGUGGCACUGUAUUGGAUGAGGUUACUGACCGGAUUAGAUUCCCAGUGGCCUACUUAUUCCACUUAUUUGAAGAUAUCCUGGAUGUAGCAAUCAUUUAUCCAGCAGACAUUGUCAGUGAAGCAGCUCAGCAAAUGUUAAGUGGGAUCAAGACCCUUUCUUCAUCCAUAUUCGGGAACCUUGAAGCUUGGUUUCCCAAAAUAAGCACUGAUCCUGCAGAGCUGACUGAAAUAGUUGUAGAGGAGGCCACAGAAGUGAAGACCACCGUUUCUAAUUACCUAUCCAGUCUGUUUGCAGUGGAUGAAGGUUGUAUUCCUGACAUUAGCUUUGAUCCCAUGAAAGUUGUCACAGACACAGUUGAGGAGUUUGCUGACAGGAGGGAUAUGUUCUUGGCUUAUCUCUCAAACAUGCUCAUGGAAGACAAAGAUGACACACCGCAAGUGAUAAGACGAAAAGGAGAAUUUCUGCCCCCUAUGGAAAAAGUUGCAGAAAUACUAGGCAAAACACAGGACCCUGCCUAUGCUGCCUACAUUGCUGCGAGAUCCACAGACAGUACUAAACAGGAAAUAAAAGAGGUAGAAGCUGCUAAAGAUACAACUGAAAGAGCUCAAGAUAUUGUGGACGCUCCAAAGGAGGAAAGGAGAGUUGAAACGGCUUGGGACCGCUCUGAUGUCACAGUUGAAGACGAUGAGGUUACCUACGAUGUCACGGAGGAGGAUAAAACUGCUGGAACAGUUGAAGAUAUUGCAGAUGUCACACAGGAGGAACUUUCUGAUACGGCAGAAGUGAUAGCUGAGGAAGAAGCAACUGAAAAGGUUGAGGAUAUCUCAGAUUUCGCAGAGGACACAUCAACUGAAAUGACUGAAUCUGAUGAAUCUGAUGCUUCAGAUAUGAAAGACACUGACGAUACCUCAGAUGUUGUUACAGAGGAAGAAGAAGUUACUGAAACAUCUGAUAUUCCAGAAGUAACAGAUGACGAAAUAGAAACAGAAAAAUGUGAAGAUAUCUCUGAUUUUAAAGAGGACAAAUCAGCUGAAAUGACCUCUGAUGUGACGGAAGACAUUGAUGCGGUUACAGAGGAGGAAAUAGUUAUUAAAACAGCUGAAGAUAUUCUAGAUGUUACAGAGGAGGACACAUAUGACAUUCCAGAAGUCAUAGAUGAGGAAUUAGCCACUGAAAAGGCUAAUGAUAUCUUUGACUCUGUAGAGGAUGAGUUAACUAUGAUGACCUCUGAUGUGACAGAAGACACUGAUUACACCUCGGAUGUUGUUACAGAGGGAGAAGUUGAUAAACCAGUUGAAGAUAUUGCAGAUGUUACAGAGGAUGAACCAUCUGAUAUGCCAGAAGUCAUUGGCAAUGAUGAUACCUCAGAUCAAGAUACCUCUGCCGUUAUAGAGGAGAAAGAGUCAACUAAAACAAUUAAAGAAGCAACAAUUGAAACAGCAGAAGGUACUUCCUAUGUUACAACCAAAACUGAAUUAGAUAAUACAGAUGAAAAUGAAUUUCAGAAAUAUCCCAGUGUUACAGAGGAGGAGGAAAAACCUGAAAAAGUUAAAGAUACUUCUGAUUUGAUAAGUAAGGAAGAAGAACCUGAGACAGAUGAAGAUGCCAGCACUGAAGAAACAGCCGAAGAGUCGAUAGAAAAAGAACAGCCACGUGAAUUGGCUGAAGAUACUGUGACCAUCUCUGUAAAGGAAAAGACUGAAGUAACAGAACUCGAUGAUCUUGAAGUGCUGGGUAAGGAUGACAUGAAAGUGGAAGGCAAGGAGGAGAAGGAAGAUGUGGUGAAUGCUGAAAAGGUCACAAAGAACCUGGGGAACGAUCGAGAUGAAGAUGAGGUUGAGGUUUUAAAAGAGGAGACUAAAGAUCAAACUAUCUUUGGAACCACCGCUGGUGAAGAUGGCCAUGAUGAUGAAGAGGAGCUUGUCCUUUCUCCUGUCCAGCAGGACCUAACAAACAGAGAUGAUGAAAAUAACAAUAACAAUGACAGGAAGAAAGAUGCCAUAAAAAGAGGCCUGAGCGGGAGAAAACCAGCAAAGAGUCACUCCACUGAAACAGAUGACCAAGAAGCUCACAAGCAUCUUCAUGAAGUUCUUGAACAAGUGAAAGAAGCCAAAGAGAAAAAAGCUAGAGAGGAGAUAUACAAAAUCAUUCAAGAUCUGAGGGAGAAGAAGGCUGAUGGUGAAGAGGAGGAGAUGACACUACAGCAAAUAAACAUAACAGUAGAAAAAGUCAAGAAAAGAAAAGAACAUGAGAAAAACGAGAUAGAAAAGGCUAAAAGAAAACAAAAAUCCAAAGAGGACAAGACUGAAGAACCAACAAAAAAGGACACCAAGAAAAAACCUGACAAAAAGGUCAUGGUGACUAAAGUGGAUGAGGAACCUCCUCUAAAAAAGAAGAAAUCUGGACCUGAGAAAAAGGUUAAACCAACUAAGAAAGAUGUUGAGAUGGCCAAGGACAAAAUUAAAGCAGCACAUGUAAAGAAAGAAGCUGAAGUGGCCAAAAAAGAGACCAAAUCAGCACCAUCUAAGAAAGAGCCUGAAGUAACAAAAGAAAAGACCAAACCAGCUCGUACAAAGAAAGAAAAAGCUGAAGUUAUCAAAGAAAAGGCAAAACCAGCUCCAAAAGAAAAAGAACCUCAGGUUAUUAAAGAAAAGGUCCAGCCUGCACCUUCAAAGAAAGCUAAAGCUCCCAAGGAAAAAGCUAAACCUGUGAAGAAAGCUGAAGCCAAGGAUAAACCACCAGCACCUUUAAAAAAAGAAGCGGAAGCUGUCAAAAAAGCAAAACUUGUUGCUGUAAAGAAGGAGACUGAGGUUCCCAAAGAGAAAGCCAAACCAGAUUCCUCAAAGAAAGCAGCUGAAGAGAAAGAAAAACCUGUCCCUGUGAAGAAAGCCGAAGCCCCCAAAGAGAAAGAUAAAGCUGUUCCAGUAAAGAAAGAGGCUAAAGCUCCCAGGGACAAAAUUAAACCGGCCCUUUUGAAGAAAGAGCCUGAUGUUUCUAAGGAGAAAGAAACACCACCAACUGCCAAGAAAGAUACUGAAACUGCUAAGGAGAAUGUGAAAUCAGCCCAAGUUAAGAAAGAGCCUGAGGUUUCCAAUGAAAAAGCCAAGCCAGAACCUUCAAAGAAAGAGGCUGAAGCAUUUGAAGAGAAGGCAAAACCAGCACCAGCUAAAAAAGUGCCUGAAACUAUAAAAGAGAAGGAGAAACCUCCAAAGAAAGAAGCUGUAAAAGAAAAACCCAAACCUGCUUCUGUAAAGAAAGAACCUGAAGUUCCAAAAGAAAAAGAAAAACCAAAACCUACCAAAAAAGAGGCAGAAGUUGCCAAGGACAAACCUAAACCUGCUGCUGUGAAGAAAGAACCUGUUGCAGUUGAAAAAGCAAAACCUAAACCUGCACCAAAGAAAGAACCUGAAGUUCCCAAAGAGAAAGCUAAACCAGAACCUGCAAAGAAAGAACCUGAGAUAACCAAAGAAAAACCCAAGGCACCAAAGAAAGAGGCUAAAGUUGUCAAGGAGGAAGCUAAACCAGCUCCUUUAAAGAAAGAGACUGAAGUCAUCAAAGAUGUUAAACCAGCCCAUGAGAAGAAAGAGGUCAUCAAGGAGAAAGUUAAACCAGCUCCUAUAAAGAAAGAGCCUGAAGUUGCUAAAGAAAAGACCCCUGAACCAAAACCCAAAAAAGAGCCUGGAGUUAUCAAAGAGAAACCAGCACCUCCAAAGAAAGCUGAGGUUCCGAAGGAAAAAGCAAAACAAGUCCCAGAAAAGAAAGCACCUGAAAUAAUCAAAGAAAAACCAAAGCCAGCUCCAAAGAAAGAAGCUGAAGUCAUCAAAGAGAAAGUAAAGCCAGCCCCUGAGAAGAAAGAGGCUGAAGUCAUUAAGGAGAAAGUAGCUCCUGUAAAGAAAGAGCCUGAAGUUGCAAAAGAAAAGGCAAGACCAAAACUCACAGAGAAAGUUGAGGUUCCAAAGGAGAAGGAAAUACCAGUCCCUGAAAAGAAAGCAGAACCUGAAAUAACCAAAGAAAAACCCAAACCUGUGCCAAAGAAGGAGGCUGAAGUCAUCAAAGAGAAAGUUAAACCAGCUCCUGAGAAGAAAGAGCCUGAAGGGAUUAAGGAAAAGGUUAAACCAGCUCUUGAGAAAAAAGAUGCUGAAGUCAAGGAGGAAGCAAAACCAGCUCCUGUAAAGAAAGAAACUGAAGUUAUCAAAGAAAAAGCCAAACCAGCCCCUGAGAAGAAAGAGGCUGAAGUCGUCAAGGAGAAGACUAAACCAGCCCCUGAGAAGAAAGAGGCUGAUGUCAUCAAAGAGAAAACUAAACCAGCCCCUGAGAAGAAAGAACCUGAAAUAACCAAAGAAAAACCCAAACCUGUGCCAAAGAAGGAGGCUGAAGUCAUCAAAGAGAAAGUUAAACCAGCUCCUGAGAAGAAAGAGCCUGAAGGGAUUAAGGAAAAGGUUAAACCAGCUCUUGAGAAAAAAGAGGCUGAAGUCAACGAGGAAGCAAAACCAGCUCCUGUAAAGAAAGAAACUGAAGUUAUCAAAGAAAAAGCCAAACCAGCCCCUGAGAAGAAAGAGGCUGAAGUCAUCAAGGAGAAGACUAAACCAGCCCCUGAGAAGAAAGAGGCUGACGUAGUCAAAGAGAAAACUAAACCAGCCCCUGAGAAGAAAGAGGCUGUAGUCGUUAAGGAGAAAGCUAAACCAGCCCCUGAGAAGAAAGAGGCUGAAGUUGUCAAGGAGAAAGUUCAGCCAGCUCCUGUAAAGAAAGAGCCUGAAGUUACUAAAGAGAAAACUAAAGGGACCCCUGGGAAGAAAGAAUUUAAGAUAAUUAAAGAAAAACCCAAGCCAUCACCAAAGAAAGAGGCUAAAGUCAUCAAAGAGAAAGCUAAACCAGUCCUUGAAAAGAAAGAGACUGAAGUCAAGGAGAAAGCUAAACCAACUCCUAAACUCUUAAAGAAAGAGCCUGAGGUUGCUAAAGAAAAGGCUUCUGAACCUAAACCCAAAAAAGAACCUGAAGUUGUUAAAGAGAAAGCUAAACUGGUCCCUAAGUUGAAAGAAGCUGAUGUCAUCAAGGAAAAAUCUAAACCAGCCCCUGAGAAGAAAGAGGCUGAAGUCAUCAAGGAGAAAGCUAAACCAGUUCCCGUAAAGAAAGAGCCUGAUGCUGUUAAAGAAAAGGCUCCUGAACUGAAACACAAAAUAGAGGCUGAAGUCAUCAAAGAGAAAGCUAAACCUGUCCCUAAGAAGAAAGAGGUGGAAAUUAUUGACGUUGAGGAGAAAGUUAAACCAACUCCUAUAAAGAAAGAACCAGAAGUUCUUAAAGAAAAGGCACUUGAAUCAACACCAGAACCUGCAAAGAGAGUUGAAGCUCCAAAGGAAAGGGUGAAACUAGUCCCUCAAAAAAAAGCACCUGAGAUAACUAAAGAAAAAACUAAACCAGCACCAAAGAAAGAGCCUGAAGUCAAAGAAAAGGCUAAACCAACCCCUGAGAAGAAAGAGGCUGAAGUCAUCAAGGAGAAAGUUAAACCAGCUCCUGUAAAGAAAGAGCCUGAAGUUCCUAAAGAAAAAGCUCCUCAACCAAAACCCAAAAGAGUACCAGAAGUCAUCAAGGAGAAAGUAAAACCAGCCCCUGAAAAGAAAGAGGCUGAAGUCAAGGAGAAAGCUAAACCAGCCCCUGAGAAGAAAGAGGCUGAAGUCAUCAAGGAGAAAGUUAAACCGGCUCCUGUAAAGAAAGAGCCUGAAAUUCCUAAAGAAAAGGCUCCUGAACCAAAAACCAAAAAAGAGGCUGAAGUCAAGGAGAAAGCUAAACCAGCCCCUGAGAAGAAAGAGGCUGAAGUCAUCAAGGAGAAAGUUAAACCAGCUCCUGUAAAGAAAGAGCCUGAAAUUCCUAAAGAAAAGGCUCCUGAACCAAAAACCAAAAAAGAGGCUGAAGUCAAGGAGAAAGCUAAACCAGCCCCUGAGAAGAAAGAGGCUGAAGUCGUCAAGGAGAAAGUUAAACCGGCUCCUGUAAAGAAAGAGCCUGAAGUUCCUAAAGAAAAGGAUCCUGAACCAAAACCCCCAAAAGAAGCAGAAGUCAUCAAAGAAAAAGUAAAACCAGCCCCUGAGAAGAAAGAGGCUGAAAUCAUCAAGGAAAAAGUUAAACCAGCUCCUGUAAAGAAAGAGCCUGAAGUUCCUAAAGAGAAGGGACCUGAACCAAAAGCCAAAAGAGUUUCAGAAGUCAUUAAGGAAAAACCUAAACCAGCUCCUGAAAAGAAAGAGGCUGAAGUCAUCAAGGAGAAAGUUAAACCGGCUCCUGUAAAGAAAGAAGUCAUCAAGGAAAAACCUAAAUCAGCGCCUGAAAAGAAAGAGGCUGAAGUCAUCAAGGAGAAAGUUAAACCAGCUCCUGUAAAGAAAGAAGUCAGCAAGGAGAAACCUAAACCAGCGCCUGAAAAGAAAGAGGCUGAAGUCAUCGAGGAGAAAGUUAAACUGGCUCCUGUAAAGAAAGAAGUCAUCAAGGAGAAACCUAAACCAGCGCCUGAAAAGAAAGAGGCUGAAGUCAUCAAGGAGAAAGUUAAACUUGCUCCUGUAAAGAAAGAAGUCAUCAAGGAAAAACCUAAACCAGCGCCUGAAAAGAAAGAGGCUGAAGUCAUCAAGGAGAAAGUAAAACUGGCUCCUGUAAAGAAAGUUUCAGAAGUCAUCAAGGAGAAACCUAAACCAGCCCCUGAAAAGAAAGAGGCUGAAGUCAUCAAGGAGAAAGUUAAACUGGCUCCUGUAAAGAAAGAAGUCAGCAAGGAGAAACCUAAACCAGCGCCUGAAAAGAAAGAGGCUGAAGUCAUUGAGAAGAAAGUUAAACUGGCUCCUGUAAAGAAAGAAGUCAUCAAGGAGAAACCUAAACCAGCCCCUGAAAAGAAAGAGGCUGAAGUCAUCAAGGAGAAAGUUAAACUGGCUCCUGUAAAGAAAGAAGUCAUCAAGGAGAAACCUAAACCAUCACCUGAAAAUAAAGAGGCUGAAGUCAUCAAGGAGAAAGUUAAACUGGCUCCUGUAAAGAAAGUUUCAGAAGUCAUCAAGGAGAAACCUAAACCAUCACCUGAAAAGAAAGAGGCUGAAGUCAUCAAGGAGAAAGUUAAACUUGCUCCUGUAAAGAAAGAAGUCAUCAAGGAGAAACCUAAACCAGCGCCUGAAAAGAAAGAGGCUGAAGUCAUCAAGGAAAAAGUUAAACUGGCUCCUGUAAAGAAAGCACCUGAGAUAACCAAAGAAAAGCCAAAGCCAACACCAAAGAGAGAGCCUGAAGUCAUCAAAGAGAAAGCUAAACCAGCUCCUGAGAAGAAAGAGGCUGAAGUCAUCAAAGGGAAAGCUAAACCAGCUCCUGAGAAGAAAGAAGCUGAAGUCAUCAAAAAGAAAGUUAAACCAACUCCUGUAAAGAAAGAGCCUGAAGUUGCUAAAGAAAAGGUCCCUGAACUGGCACCAAAAAUAGCAUCUGAGAUAAUCAAAGAAAAGCCAAAGCCAGCACCAAAGAAAGAGGUUGAAGUCAUCAAAGAGAAACCUAAACCAGCUCCUGAGAAGAAAGAGGCUAAAGUUAUCAAGGAAAAAGUUAAGCCAGCUCCUGUAAAGAAAGAGCCUGAGGUUCAUAAAGAAAAGGCACCUGAACCAGUGCCAGAACCUACAAGGAAAGUUGAGGUUCCAAAGGAAAAGACAAAACCAGUUCUUAAAGAAAAGGAACUGAAAAUCACCAAAGAAAAGCCAAAGCCAGCACCAAAGAAAGAAGCUGUAGCCAUCAAAGAAGUAGCUAAAGCAGUCCCCGUGAAGGAAGAGACUGAAAUUUUCAAAGAGAAAACUAAACCAACCCCUGUGAAGAAAGAGGCUGAUAUCAUCAAGGAGAAAGCUAAACCAGCUCCUGAGAAGAAAGUGUCUGAAGUCUUUAAGGAGAAAGUUAAGCAAGCACCUGUAAAGAAAGAGCCUGAAGUCUCAAAAGAAAAGUUAUUAAAGCCAACACCUAAAAAAGAUGAUGUUGGUCUUAUUGGUUUGGACUUGGAGCUCCUGAACUCUAUCAACCAAAAACUUUCUCUUCUGGACUUGAUGAGGAAGGACAUUGGUGAAAUGAAGAGUGAUCUGGAGUCCACUCAAAAUCAAAUCACACUUUUACGGAUGGACAACAGAACAAUCAAAGAGCCAGAGACUGUCGGUGUAAAGGUAAAACCAGCAGUCUCCAAGGAAAAGCUGAAAACAGCAAAAAAAGACCGUGAUGCUCUGAUGAACAUUACUAAAACAGCACAUAUUAAAGCAGAACGUGAAGCACUGAAAAACAUCACUAAACCUGCACGGAAAGAUAAAGAGGCUCCAAAAGCUAAUAUCAGACCAGAGCCCAAAAAGAAAGAAAUCACCCGUGAGAAGGUCAAAGAAGAAAAGGAACCUUUAAAGAAAGCAGUCGAGCCAACUGAGAAGGAACCUGUUAUGGACAAAGAAGUAAAAAGAGAAGAACCUGACAUCACCAAAGAUAUUCCAGAGAUAGAGGAGGAGGACAUUCCCUACUUCCAGUGUUUCUUUGUGGAUGAGGAGGAUACUCAGUAUCCGUUCUUCCCCUUUUCACCACCGCUGUGGUGAGUCCAGACAAACCUCUCAGUCUGAUGUUACACAACAUGGCAAAGCCAGUGAAGACGGACCUGUGAAGGCUGAGGAACCUGCUGCUCUGAAGCAGUGGAGAGCUUCACAGUAGAUCCUACAGCACUACACCAGCAACGACUUACUGGAUUUUAAACUGGAAAACAUCCUUCUCAAAUAAUUUUGAAGGACAGAGGGUGCAAAUAUUGCACUUUUUAUUAUAUAAUCUUAAGGCUAUCCCUCUUUGUAUUAAUACCAUGGAUUGGCCUUUUGUUUCAGAAUGAGUAAUAUCUAUUUAUGUCCAAGAAGGAAUGUGAAUAUUGUUUGUCCAUAAGGUGGACAAAGAGUUCCUUUCUGAACACUGCAGUGGGUUCAGGAUUGUAAUAUUUUAUACAUAUAAGGUACAUAACCUCAUUUUGAUGGGGUGCUAAUUCAAAGCAUUCCACUGUGUUUGCUGUCAGAAUGGGGUUUGUAAGUUGUUCAUUGUUCGCACAACUGGAAGAGAGGAUAUAAUAAAUCAAGAAAUAAGUAAACAACUAUUUCAUGUAUCUUUAAAACCGUUUACUAAACCGUUUACAGAAGUAACAACUGCACUGAGUAAUAACAGCUUUCCACAGUAAGCUCAGUUCCUCUGAAUGUAUACAUCAUUUUAUUAUUUAUUUUUUAUUUUUGUUACUUUAUUUUUGUUUUAUAAUUUGUUUAUCUUUCCAUACUUUUAUUUAAUAUAACUUAUGUAACUAAUCUAUACUUCACAGAGGAAACAAAUGUUUUAUUCAGUGCUCUUUUUAAAGGAACACACUGGAUUUUGCAUAAAAAAAUGAAACUAAAUUGUGGUGCUAAAUCCAAGAAAAUGCAUUAAACAUCAAUGCAACUGCAUUGUUUUAAUAUAUUACAUUGCAAACGCUACUGUUUUUACAUUAUUCCGCAUAACAAUAGUUUAUGUACAAUAAUGUUUGUAAAAAUGUGGAUGUGUUUUUGCAAUAUUACAUGGAUAGUCAUACCUAAUACAGAGCAGCCAGUUAAAUGGCAUUCUGAAUUGUCUAUUUUGCACAUUAUACUCAUACAGAAGAUAAAUGAUGUGCCAGAUGAAAAGUAUUGCAUGCAACAACAGUGUUUCUCGGCACUGCCCCUGGUGGCUCGCUAGCUCAUUACUUUAUUACUUGAUUUAAUGAUGUUAGUGAGUGUUUAAUGGUGUGUACUGGUUAGACACAUCAUUAAACUACUGUGCCAGUGGGCUGCCCCAGAGACAUUUCUUUUACUGACGCUGUCUUUUCUGCAGGAGUUUAGCAUGUGGCUCCAUUGAGGAUAAGCUCAUGUCUGUACAAAGAGCUUUUUUUUCUCCGAUGUACAGUAACUUAGGGGGACUGUAGAUUCUAUUUUCCCCAGACAUGUGCUGGCAAGGAUUGAUACUUUGCCUAAAAUGUUUGGGUUUUGGCUUUGUAUUUGCUGAAGGUAAUGACUGAAAAGUAGGUUGUGCAGGCAUUGUGAUUAAAUGACCAAUUGAGGCGUGCAAGAAGGUGGGAUCUACAAAGAAUGGUCAAAGUAAUGCAAAUACAUGUACACGUAAUGAAUGAGGACUGUAAAUAGCAUGUUAGUAAGAAAACACAGCCAAAAUCUGGACUUUUUUGGCAAAGUAGCAGUCCUGGUCAGGACAUGUCAGGGAUAAAGAAGAAGUAUAGUCACCUGUAAAAAUGCAUAUAACAAUAAUCACUUGUAAGAGAAAUAGGUCUCUUUAAGACUUUUAAAAAAGAUAGUUACUUUAACUAUGGUAGAUUAUAAAUGUGUUGGUGUGUUUUAAUGCAACUGUGCAGCAAUGAAUAACAGCAUUUUUCAAUAGCUCUUUAAAAUUUGCGCAGUGUUAUUUUUAAAUCUAAUUUACAGUUCAAAUUUGAUAGAAAUAGGUUUCUCAAAGAUAAUAGUUUUGCAUGAUGUUUGCAUGAAUUUUGUUUAAAAAUGUAUCUAAACCAGAUUUAAUUUGUGUUUUGAAACACACUAAAAAUGUAUAAUGUACUACUGUAUUCAUGAUUUUUUUUUCUUUUGCAUGGUUUUGUGGUCAGAUAUUCAAAGUCAUUCUCUGUACAAUGUAUAGCCAUGAACUGAAAUCAUAUUUAUAAAGCUCUCCACAGAAUCAACAAUAUGGUCUGUAUGCAGAAUAAAAACAGCCUGUAUGCAACUGUAAAUGCUAUUGGAACUUUAAUGCAGCUGUAACUGUGAAGUCUGCUUAAGGUCUGAUUUACAUUUUAGAAGAAAUAAAUGUUUGCAAUAAUCACAA